AUGGACGCAAUCGAGAACCUCUUAUCCUGGGCUCAGACCCAAGGAAUAACAGUUUCCAAUGUCGGCCCCCGCGCCCUCCCAGGAAGAGGCAUAGGAAUCGUCGUAACAUCACCUCUCAAAAAAGACGACACAAUCCUAGACGUCCCCAUCCCCUGCCUGAAAACAAUCGCAACAAUCCCAAAACCCCUAACCCGCCCCUUCCCAAAAGAAACGCCUGUCCACGCCCUCCUGGCCCUAGACAUCGCCCUCGACACCUCCCCCUCCUUCCAAACCUGGUCCGCCGUCUUCCCAACACCCAAAGACCUCUCCUCCUGCCCCCUAACCUGGUUCCCUUCCUCACCAACCCUCACCUCCCUCCUCCCCUCCCAAGCCCUCACCCUCCUCAAAGCCCAGCGCGAGAAGUUCGAAUCCCACUGGUCCCUCCACCAACACAGCUACAGCUACCCAGAAGGCGGCCUCACAUACGAAACCUACCUCCACGCCUGGCUCCUCGUAAACUCGCGCACCUUCUACCACAUCACCCCCAAAACCGCAAAACGCCACCGCGACGACCACAUGAUCCUCCAACCCGUCGCAGACCUCCUCAACCACUCGCCCCGCGGCUGCUCCGUCGCCUUUGACAAGUAUUCCUUCACCAUCAAAGCCGAUCGGUCCUACACCCCCGGCGAGGAGAUCCACAUCUGCUACGGCCGCCACAGCAACGAUUUCCUGCUCGUCGAGUACGGUUUCCUCAUGGCACAGGGCGAAAACGAGUGGGAUGAGGUCUGCAUCGACGACGUUCUGCUGCCGCGGCUGGGUGCCGCGCACAGGCGGCGGUUGGAGGAGAGGGGGUUCCUGGGGAAUUAUGUCAUUGACGCGGAGACGGUGUGCUACCGGACGCAGGUGGCGCUGCGGACGCUCGUGUUGCCGGCGAGGCGGUGGUCGCAGUUCGUUGAUGGGUUUGCGGACGGGGAGGCCGAGCAAGCCGAGGUCGAUGCGCUGCUAUGCGAAAUCUUGUCGGCCUACGAGGAGGAGAUUGAGUCCAAGAUCGAGACGGUGCGUGGGCUGGAUGAAGGUGAGCAGUUUCAACGAGACAUGGUAGCGGCUCGCUGGAACCAGAUACAGUUGCUUGUACGCGGCACGAUAGACAAGUUGGACGUUUCCAAUACAUAA